AUGGAUCGUAAGAGGCGGUUAACUGGCACAUCAAAUGACGAGGAAGCGUCGCAACGCAGACCUUCGGCUUUGACCAGGCCUGGCUCGUCAUCGAACAACAGGCCUCUCCCGAUGUUGCCUCACGGUGAUCAGUAUAACUCACCAGGGGCCCCCGGAUCGACCCGGGACAACGCUAUCGACCUUGUAUCCUCGCCACCCUUUCACGAAUCAAGUGUUGGCUCGUCUCGUCGGCCUAGCCAUAUCUUGUCUACUACAUCGUCGCAUUCGGGACAGAAUCCCAUUGAAUACACACUGCCGCAGUGGCAGCCAGACACGGAAGUCACACAUUGUCCAAUAUGUGGUACUCAGUUCAGUUUCUGGUACAGGAAACACCAUUGUCGAAAGUGUGGCAGGGUGGUGUGCUCGUCGUGCUCUCCUCACCGAAUUACCAUUCCCAGACAGUACAUCGUUAGACCGCCAGAACCUACGGAACCAACACCGUUUGAAAGGGCCUCGAGUCAUAACCGCCAUUCAUCCCAAUCAUCUCAUUCAUCUCAUUUGCUCGAUAUCACAUCUGACGAUGCCCGUGAUUCCUCCAUUGCAGGCUAUUCAGACGAUCACCAUCCUCUCAACCCUGCUUUGGGAGGCGGGGAAGAAGUACGACUCUGCAACCCCUGUGUUCCAGAUCCUAACCCAGAUCCUCCCGUGACUUAUGGAGCUGUUCGAGCCAGCUUUGAUCGCUUGGUCGAUCCAAACUGGGGUACGACACUACCGCCGCUUCCAACGAGUCAUCCUCUGCAUCGACCACAUCGAUCAUUGUCAGGAACACAAAUAUCUAGCUCACGGACAGCUGGUGACAGAGAUUUCUACGGCUAUCGACAUCGAAGUAAUCUAUCAACAAACUUUUCCAGCAACCAGCCUGGGCAGUCUUCGAGCCACCAUCUAUAUUCUUCUCGCUAUACUUUGCCUCAUGAUUUUAACCAAUCCUCCUCCCCACCUCUGUCUUCUUCGGCAAGAGAUGCACCUCAUUUUUUCUCUACACAUCAAUCCGGACCGGCUAGUUCUACAUUUCGAAGCUCAUAUUCAGGCCCUUCACGCACUAGACCUGAUCGUGUUCGCUCUUUGAUUGGGCCUGAGCGACCCCGUUAUCCGCCACCCAACCUAGUACCUGUCGAUGAGCGUGAUAUUUGCCCGAUCUGCAGCAUGCAGCUUCCCCCACGUGGCAGCGAUGGCAAUGAAGACGAUCGUGAGGCUCACAUUCGCGAGUGUAUUCAAACUUCCUCUCGCACGGGCCGAUCACCGCCUGGAUCUAGCCCGCCUCCCCAAUCACCUCACCCGAUGCGCAUGUUGUCGUUUACAGCCACUGAGAAAGACUGUGUCAACGAAGACAGCACCCCCCAGGAGUGCACCAUUUGCAUGGAAGAAUACGAAGUCGGCGAUAGACUAGCACGGCUUGAGUGUUUGUGCAAGUUCCAUAAACUCUGCAUCGUAGAGUGGUUCGAAAGAAAGAGGGAAUGCCCUGUCCACAAAUUCUCCUAG